AUGGAGCCGACCCGGCUCCGCAGACACACCAGGGCAAAGCAUGACCCGCUCGGCAGCCGAAACCAGCCCAAGACCCUCAGCUCAGCGAGGACGCAGGCAGAAGGAGGUACAAGUAAGAGAAUGGACAAGGAUGCCGAAGCACUGAAAGCAGCCAGAGCAGAGCUGUGUGAAGCCAGGAGGCAGUGGCACCACAUGCAGAUAGAAAUCGAGUCUCUCCACGCUGUGGAAAAGGGGUUGGAACGUUCCCUGCGUGCCACAGAGCAGCAGUACCACAUGCAGCUACAAAACCUGGAAGGUGAGAUUGAAUGCUUGGAGAAAGAGCUGCUGGAUGUGAGAAGGGGAAUUGAGAAACAGCUCCGAGAGCACGAAAUUCUCCUGAACACCAGGAUGAAGCUGGAGGAGGAGAUAGCGACGUACCGCAGCCUGCUGGAGCAAGAGGAGAGCAGGUUCCGGUGCUCAAUACCUGCCCAGAAGGAUGACAAGAAACCCAGCACUAGCAAGAUCAGCUUUACGCUGCCUUCAGAUGGUGUGAAGAAGCAGGAACCAGAGAAGGUGGAACUGAUGACAAAACAAGCAAUCCUAGAUGGAAAUAUCAUGAAGGAAAGAGCUGAAGCUCAUGGCACUGUACAGACAGAAAAAGUGGAUGAAGUGAUUAAGGAAUGGGAAGGUUCUUUCUUCAAGGACAACCCUCGCCUGAGGAAGAAGUCCGUGUCCCUGCGCUUUGACCUGCACCUGGCAGCCACGGACGAGGGAUGUUUACACACGAAAAAGAAAACUCUCCCCGACAUUGAGGUCAGGCUGGUGAUGAGGAGGUCCUGCAGCAUCCCUUCCAUCAAACCCUAA